CAAGCUCACAUCGAAUUGAAAUUUAGUUAUAGGAUUUAUUUUUCAUGCGUUGACAAAAAUUCUUUGUAGUAUUAAUUAACCAAGAUGCUUAAAUUGGCAACGCAGCUGCUCGUACCGCAGAUCCAACUUUGUGCAAAUCUCUGUGAAGGAUUACAGUGCCUGCGAGGGUGCUCCGAAGUCAGCCUUUGCCAAAGUGAAGACAGAGCCACCCGUCGAAGUGUUUCAUCUGGUGAAAGUAUUCCAAGCGGAUAAGCAUGAGCAGAAAGUCAAUCUAGGCAUAGGCGUCUCUGCCAAUUUCAGCCUAUCGCACAGAUGAGAACAAACCGUUUGUGCUGCCGGUAGUAAAGAAAUGUGAAAUCGAGGUGGUCAACGAUGCCAAAUUGAAUCAUGAGUAUUUGCCCAUAUUGGGAAAUCCAGAUUUCACCAAAGCCGCCACCGAGAUGGUGCUGGGCAAGGACAGCAAGGCGCUCAAGGAGAAGCGUACCCUGUCGGUGCAGACUAUAUCGGGCACUGGUGGCAUCCGCCUGGCCGCGGAGUUCAUGUGCCAGCACUUGCAGCGACGCACGGUCUUUGUGCCGAAUCCCACCUGGGAGAACCACAUGAAGAUCUUUAAGCAGGCGGGCUUCAAGCACAUCAAGCAGUACAAGUACUGGAAUGCCAAGAAGCGCAAGCUGGACAUGUCGAGCAUCCUGCGCGAGCUGAGCGAGGCGCCAGAGGGCGCUGUCGUGCUCAUGCAUGCAUCCGCUCACAAUCCUACAGGCAUGGAUCCCAGCAAGGCGCAGUGGCAUCAAAUCGCCGAGCUGAUCAAGCAGCGCCGACUGUUUCCAUUCUUCGACUGCGCCUACCAGGGCUUCGCCAGCGGCGACAUCGAAAGCGAUGCCUUCGCCAUAAGGCACUUUGUCGAUGCGGGUCUGGAGACCAUCCUAGUGCAGUCGUUUGCCAAGAACAUGGGUCUCUACAACGAGCGCGUGGGCAACUUGGUGGUGGUGCUCAACGAUAAGCAGCAGCUGCCUGCAGUUGCCUCGCAGUUCACCAUACUGGUGCGAAUAAACUAUUCGAAUCCGCCCGCCUUUGGCAGUCGCGUUGUCCACAAAGUGCUGAGCGUUGAGCAGAACCGUAAGGAAUGGGAGCAGACAGUAUGCAUGAUGGCAAGUCGGGUAAAGGAUAUGCGCAAGCAAUUGGCUGACAAGCUAAAGCAGCUGGACACGCCUGGCACUUGGGAUCACAUUGUUCAACAGACUGGCAUGUUCUCCUACACGGGCUUGACACCUAAGCAUGUGCAGAAGCUAAAGGACGAUAAGCAUAUAUACAUGCUAAGCUCAGGUCGCGCCAAUAUCUGCGGCUUAACCACCAAAAACGUCGACUAUGUAGCGAAGUCCAUUAGUGAGGUAGUGAAGGAACUGGGCGCCACAGCUGAUGCAGAUAGUGAGUGUGAUUCUUAGAAUAUUAGAAAAUUAGCGACUGUUGCUUUUAAAAUUUUAAGUCUUAAAGUUUAAAGGUAUUAAUCGUGAAGUAAAUCAAUUUGUA